GCGGGCAGGCAAAGCAACCCCACGCAAAACCUGUUCCUCCCCACCCGCGCGGCUUUGGUUCCUUCCUCGCGGAAGCCUUCUCCGUUCCUUGCGGCACGCUCCAAGAACCGCCUCACCCCCUCACCUCGCCUCUCCCUCACCAACCCCCACCGCUUCAACCGAUGGAGGUUGAGCCGGCAGACGAGAGGAGGAAGAGGGGCGCGGUUGGCGGCGGCGGCCUGGAGUGGGAGCUGGAGCGGCAGUUCGCGUUCGAGCGGGGGAUGCUGCCGAUGCCAGCCGCCGCGCCGGGUGCCGAACAGCAGAAGCAGCGGCGGCGGCAGCACAGGCCCCUCUCCGCCGAUCUGCUCCAGAACUGCGACCUCCCUCCUCCCGCCAAGCUCUUCGGCCCGGUCCCGACUCUGCAGAGGUUGGAGAACGCGGCGGGGACGGACCGUAAGGCCGACGGCGGCGGGGGCGGGGGCGGCGGCAACAACGACAGCCUGCUGCGGGCGCUGCGUCUGUCGCAGUCGCGUGCGCGUGAGGCGGAGGAGAAGUUGGUGGCCGCGGGGGCGAGCAACGGGGAGCUCGCGGCGCUGCUGGUGCGGGACUCCGUGGCGCUGUCCGCGCACCGGCGGUGGGUGAUGAUGCUGGAGGCCGAGAACUCCCUGCUCAGAGGUGCUGUCCCCCGCGGCGCGGGACCAGGCUCGGACGACGACGAGGCCGCCGCGCGGCGCGGCGGCCUGGCCGCCUGGUGGGUCGCGCUCGCGGUGUGCGUCAGCAUCACCGGCGUCGGCCUCGCGCUGGGCAAGUUCCUGUGCUGAAAUUGAACAACUUUAUACGGAUUUUGUAAAGCCAAAACCACAGAUCAGACUACUAAUCCACCGAAUGCGCGCUACGACAGUUCCAUCUGUGCACACAAGUUCUAUGGAAAUAUUACACAGUUCGUCAACAUUUGCAGUUCAUGAUUAACAUUCUCAGCGCUGUUGUAAAUAGAGGAAAGUAUAUGAGCUGCAAACAAGGAAAAGUAGGAAGAAUGGACUUGUGUAAA